AUGAACCCAGAUUGUGGUGCAAACCUGGAAUCAGGGCUGUGGAGAGGCAGAGGUGCAGCUCAGGACACUCAGGGGCCAGCCAACAUGGAAUAUAGAACCCUGUUUCAAAUAAUGUGGGAGAGGCUUGAUGGCAGUGUGGAUUUCAAGAAGAACUGGAUUCAGUACAAGGAAGGGUUUGGACACCUGUCUCCCACCGGCACCACGGAGUUCUGGCUGGGCAAUGAGAAGAUUCAUCUGAUAAGCAUGCAAUCGACCAUCCCCUACGCACUGAGGAUCCAGCUCAAAGACUGGAACGGCAGGACCAGCACUGCAGACUACGCCAUGUUCAAGGUGGGUCCUGAAUCUGACAAAUACCGCCUGACCUACGCCUACUUCAUCGGGGGAGACGCCGGAGACGCCUUUGACGGCUACGAUUUCGGUGAUGACCCCAGCGAUAAGUUCUUCACGUCCCACAACGGCAUGCAGUUCAGCACCUGGGACAAUGACAAUGAUAAGUUCGAAGGCAACUGUGCAGAGCAGGAUGGGUCCGGUUGGUGGAUGAACAAAUGUCAUGCUGGUCACCUCAAUGGAAUUUAUUACCAAGGGGGCACGUACUCAAAGGCCUCGACUCCGAACGGCUAUGACAAUGGCAUCAUUUGGGCCACGUGGAAAACCCGCUGGUACUCCAUGAAGGAAACCACCAUGAAGAUAAUCCCCUUCAACAGACUCACCAUUGGAGAUGGGCAGCAGCAGCACCUGGGGGCAUCCAAACAGGUCAGCGUGGAGCAUGAAGUUGACAUUGAGUACCCAUAAGUCACCUGCCUACAAGUUCCGAAAGACACAUAGAGAGCUUACUAUUAACGUCCGCUGGCCUGUACGAUGCGCCAGUGAUUCCCAUAUUCUUACUCUAUUUAUUAAUUUUAAAAUUAAAAUUUGAAAUUUAGUUCUUAAAAUGACACUUAGUCCUAAAUGAAAAUGAAAAUCCACUUUGGACCAUAUUUCUAACUGACUGGAAUCAGAUUUAUUAAAAAUUGUUUAUUUUGUUUGACCUUGCCCUAAGUAUUAAAAGUAAAACUACUGCUUU